CCAAAGAUACAUAUAUAACAUGAAGUCAGGAAUUUAUUAUAAGAUAAAUUGAUACAAUUGAUAAAUUCUGAGAUUGUUUCUUGUAUAAUAAAUUUUAAAUAACUUUAACUGUUUAGUCUCAAUAAAUUAAAUGUUGUGUAAUUCUCUAUAAAAGAUCGGAUAAGUUAUGGAUGAUUUUUCUUACUUGUUGAAUUAUAUCCUAAUUUUAGAUCUGUGUGAUUCUGAAGAAAUUAAAUUCAGAUAUUUGAUGCUCUGUUAAUCACAGCUGUAUUUAAAAUACAGUUAAAUCUGUUUAAUUUGAACUUGAUUAAUUCAAAUUAUUGGUUAAUUUGAAACUGCUUUAUCUUGUAAUUCAAAAGUGAAACACGAAAAGAGAAUGCAGCGAUUGUUGAAAUGAUAUAUAGAUUGCACUCUGUUCUGUAAGCAUAUGAGGCGUAGGUGGAAUUGUCACAUUUGAUAGUUUUAAUGACAUUUGAGUAACAUUGCAGUGCAUUUUUAGAAACGUUUAUACAACAUCUAAGCAUGGAAUGGGUACAAGUUUAUACUUAGCCAAAAAGUCAAAGUGAUUAAAGUAGAAAAGCUCCGCAGUUCGGAAGAGACUUUCAAGGUUAUGAUAAUGGACUGUGCUAACCACAGCAAUGAUUACGUAUCAGUCAAAGGCGGUAUCACAAAGAACGUGCCCGGGUCUUCGUCAGACACGUCCCAGAUGAAGUACAUACCACACAAGCUAUCCACCUAUGUGCUCGCUCUACGGCCAUGGUCCUUCAGUGCCUCCCUAACACCCGUUGCUCUAGGAGCUGCCCUGGCUUACAAAAGCUCCGGAUCAUUCAACAUCGUUGUCUUCCUCGUGACUUGCUUAACUGCCCUGUCGGUGCACGCCGCCGGCAAUGCUGUCAACACCUACUACGACUACCAGAAAGGGAUCGACAGCAAGAGAAGCGACGACAGGACAUUGGUGGACAAGAUUCUCACCCCCGACGAAAUCGUUCACCUGGGGGCGCUUUUAUACAUACUCGGCUGUUUCGGCUUUAUAAUGCUGGUGCUACUGUCGCCGGCCAAAAUGGAACACUUGGCACUGGUGUAUUUCGGGGGUCUCUCCAGCUCGUUUCUCUACACCGGUGGCAUUGGCCUGAAGUACAUCGGCCUGGGCGACCUGCUGAUUCUGGUGACGUUCGGACCAAUCAGCGUCCUCUUCUCGUUCGUUUCCCAGGCCGGCUACAUAGAUCUGGUUACGCUUUUCUACGCUGUACCACUGGCGCUAAACACGGAGGCCGUUCUACACUGUAACAACACACGCGACAUGGAAAGUGAUAGCCGCGCUGGUGCUGUAACUAUGGCAGUUCUGAUCGGUUACACCGGUUCUCAUAUAUUGUUUGCGGUUCUCCUUUUUGUACCAUACAUUUUAUUUACCAUACUGAGUUUACACGUCAGUAUAUGGUUUCUUUUACCAUUAAUCACUUUUCCAAAGGCGCUCGACUUAGAGAAGCAGUUUCGCAGCGGCCUUCUCUUAACACUGCCAAAACAAACUGCGAAACUCAACAUAUACUUAGGCCUGUUUUAUUUAAUCCCGUGUAUAAUGGCCGCUCCAAAUACUCUGCCAGGCCUGCGCGUGCGGUGAAAUGUUUAAUUACAAUUGAAAAAAAGAAAAAAGCAAAACCAACCUCGUUUUACCGUUAAGUAUAUAAUUUUUAGAUAUAUGCAGUUAUAUUGGUUGAGAGACUUAACUGAUGCAUUAUCUAGUAGCACUGUGUGGAGAUGCAAAAAAGUGUUCUACAUUAUAUAUAUAAAAGCUUUGUGUAUUGGUUUCGUCAUUAACAAAAGAAAAAAGAACAUAAAUAUAUAUAUAUUGCACCUCUCUGGAGAACCUCUAAAUAAUUGUCCAUCGCUUAAAUUUAACGACAGUUGUUUUUAAUUUAAGAAGGUUUAUUGUUUUCUUUCUCCUUGUUUUCAUGCGGGGUGGCCCAAAAGUCGGUCGACCGUAAACGGCGCUUACGACGCUAUAUUAAAACAUAGAGCAGCACGGUGACCAGGCAGCAGUCUACGGCGGUUAAUCGAAUUUUGGAUCACUCCCAGACGUUUAAUUCGGCUCUUAAAGAAUGUGUAAAUAACAUAUUUUCGUUUUUUUUUUCUUUAAGUUUUAACGCAUACGAAAAGAAACUUAUACUGUUAUGCAAAUUAAUUUGCAAGUAUGUCUCCACUUGUGUCGUUUAUAGUAUAAUUAUAUAUAAAAAGUAUUUGCUCAAAUGGCUCAAAUUUGUGUUUACUGUUCACACUUUCAUUUUAAAAAAAUCUCGAGUGAUAUUCACUUAAUGUUUUUUUUAAAUUAAUUUAUAUAUCAUUUAACGCAUCGAGCAGUGUGUAAUUUGCAUAAAUCUCCUCCCCUUCCCUCCUGUUAAAAAACAAAUGCCAAUGAUCAAACUUGUAUUGGUUUGAAUUUUUUAUAAAAUUUGAAUAAAAAUACAAUUAGCAAAGGAUUAAUUUUCAAAAAAAAAUUGUCCUGCGAGGAUGUUUUUAUUUCCAAAAUUUAAAAAAAAAAAAAAGAAUUUUGUAACAUUUUCAGAAGCGCUAAACGUAAAAUUCCAACAAUUAAAGAAGUGUUUUAAGUGUUUUUCCUGCACAGUGACGUAGAAGAAUGUAUUUUUUUUGCACAUUGAGUGGUGUAAAAAUAUGUUAGUGAAUAUAACAUGAAUGGGUCUGUAUUUAUAUAUAUAUAUCUUAUUAAUUAAUUAAAAAUAUAUACAGUGAAACCUGUGUAAGACGGACUCGCGCGGUACCGAAUUUUAUUUUAUUUUUUCGUUUCGAACAGGUUUUUUUUUUUUUUUAAAUAGCUGCCUUCCUAAGAAUUUUUCCCGUUUUGGACAGGUUUUAUUGUAUAUGCUGCGAAAUGCCUGUGGGCUUUGCAAUGAUACCAUAUAUUGUCGGAUUAAGAAUAGCGUAAUUUUUAAAGAGGACCAAAAAUUACUGUAAAUUAAAAAGGCUGUAUAGGUAAAUUAUAAUAAAAAAAAAACUUUCGAAUUUUUA